ACCUAAUUGCCAGUCACGACGAAUAGUAAACAUUUAGAAUCGACGCCACAUGCGUUGCGCGUUUUUAGUUUUUGUAAAAUAUAAAAAUGGCUUCGUUAUUUGUAAUUGACACAGCCGGUGAUCAGCAACAAGAUGCAGAUGUGGAUGGUGGCCAUUCAUCCGCUGCAAUAUACAAUAACGCCUUUAGUGAUCGCUUGCUUAGCGCCAAUAACUCAGACAGUGAAGAUGAGGAGGAAGAAGUUCAGGAAAUUGAACUGUUUGGCGUCAAAGUGAACAACAAAGAUGUGCGAAAAAUAGUUAAAUCUAGAGCGAAUGAAACGACGCUAGCAGCACCAUCAAAAGUGGCAGUGCGGCUUACUGAACUGGCUGAGCAGAUUAAUGAGGCAGUCGAAAAUUCGGACACUCACAAGAUGUCGAAGCGCAAGAAAAUCACAGAUUUGCAUUACGAUACUAGCGAAAGUCAGAAGGAACGCAAGGCAAAUGUCGAGUUGGAUAUGAAGAAAACGGUUCUCACAGGCGAAUUCGCGCAGUCGAAGGCGUUGCCAACAGUGUCCAGGCGAAAACAGCCUCUUUUAAAUAGAGCAGAACGCGCUAAGACUAAGGGAGGCGGUUGGUUUGAUAUGCCAGCCACUGAAAUCACUGAGGAUAUGCGCAAUGAGCUGAAGAUCAUACAAAUGCGUUCCGUGUUGGAUCCUAAACAUUUCUAUAAGAAGAACGACCUCAAGGUGCUGCCUAAAUACUUCCAGAUUGGAACAGUUCAGCACUCGCCUCUGGAUCAUUACAGUGAGCGUCAUACGCGCAAGACGAAGAAAUCACUGGUGGAUGAAUUGUUGGCCGAUGAGGAAUUCCAAAAGUUCAACAAACGAAAGUACAAAGAGGUGAUCAAGCGGACUGACAAAUAUGCGCAUCGUAAGGCCAUGAAAAAGAUGAAGAAACUGAAGAAGAAUAAAUAAAUUCAUUACUGAAAACCAAAAAAAAAA